AUGAAGCAAGGAACAACAGAAAACUUGAUGCAUUUCAAGGAACGAUUCUUGAGACAGGCUGAAGUCCUGCAAGAUCUAUAUGGCGUUGCCUGGUUCCGAAAUUUUGCAGUCAAGACAAAAGCGUAUGCUGCUAUUGUUAGCACCAAUACUAUUGCUAAAGACAAGUUCAAGGAUGAUAUCUUUGAAGCUACAAACUACUGCAGGGAAGUGGAUUAUUAUCCAAAGACGGUCAGCAAAGCACAAGAUAUGUUGAAGAUUCACAUGGAUGUGAUCAAGAAUCCGGGAGUGAACCUUUACCAAGGAAAAGACCAGCCAAAUAAAGGUAAAGGUAAAGGUAAACCGAAGGACGAUAAGAAAAAGGCGGCAUGUUAUGUAUGUGGCAAAGAGGACCAUAUGUCUUCAAAAUGCCCAGACAGACUGCUACCAGAGAGUCAAUGGAAGCAUCCAAAACGCUAUGUUGAUUACGGGAAGAAGCUCAAUCUUAAUCAGAUUGGAGCAACUGUCCCAACUACAGCUACAGUUCCUGGAACUUCUCCAGCGACAAGUGUGAUCACAGGUGGAACAUUGAGUGUUGCGGGAAGUCUUAGCACACCUUUGCAACUUGCUGGUACUACAGGUAAUCAAAUGAUCCAAGUUCCUACAGGUAAUCAAAUGAUGCAAGUUCCUUCGGGAAUGCAGCUCGUGCAGAUUCCAACUCAAGGUGGCGGCACUGUUACUGUCCCUUAG